AUGGAAUUUAUGGAAGCGCACUUGCAGCUGGAGGAGAAGUCAUUCUCGCCUGCUGCUCGAUACCAAGGCUCGCUUCAGUACCUCAUCCUCGCUUUCACUCAACAGCCCUCGCAGUAUCUCAACGUCAUCACCUCCUCAUGCUGGUCCAUCGUCUAUUCUGGCCGAUCCAAUCUUAUUUCCGUCCUGCUGGCCCAAUAUAACUACCGCGAGGGAUCGCCUGUCAUGGGCGCCAACGACAGGAAUGACACUUCUCCACAGACCGAGUCAAGUUACGCCGGUAACAAACACGACAAUGCCAUAAAUCCGGAAAAGGCUCUGCGACUACUUGGAAUACGAACCGACUCACCUUCAAGCAUGGCCGCCGACACGGAAGCAGAUGACAUGGACGCCGCUCACUUGGACAAUCGCUCGGCCGGGAAGAUGCUUCAGGCCGAGAAAUUUCUGGGGACCGCCGUGCAAGUGAAGCGUAGUAGCAGCGUCCCAAUGAUGAACGGGAAACAGACUUCCAAGCCUGUGAUUGAUCCCGCAAAGCAACAUCGAGAUGAGCUUAUCAUGGACACGAACAAGAGCAGCAUCGUCUCGAAGCGUUCGGUCGAGAAGCUGUACUACGCUGGUCAACCUGAGUACUUCCGCUACUUUGUGAACAAGUUUAAACGUCGUUCGCCGUUGAUCAAUCGAGGAUACUGGCUGCGGAUGAAGGCGAUUGAUGACCCUUUACCGUGGCUGUUUCUGGGCAAGCAACCGCAACUUUGCCAAAACACCGUCUUUGUCGAUGUCGACUACCCAGAGCUGAUGCAGCAGAAGCUUUCUGUCAUUGACAAGACUGAGCAACUGAAAGAACUUUUACCAAAAUUCACCAGGACAGGCAAAGAGAGCGGCCUGCUGGCCUCCAGCGAUCCAUACGUUGCUAUCGGAUGCGAUUUGAUCAACCUCAGUCCUCUCCAAGAAAUCUUGCAAGAUCACCUGCAGGCCGGAAGUGGAUCUGUAGCGAUUCUGUUCACGUCAGAAGUGUCUACAGCAUACAUGGAACGUGAAGCUUCUCAGGCAGUGUUCCAAUGGGCGGCGACAUUUGAUGAUGUUCGAUUUUGCCUUCUAGAGCAGCAUCUCCCGGACGGACCGGACCAUCCCUUCGCAGCAACAAUGCUGGCGCACUUCGAUAAGCUAAGGACACCCUUACGUGCGGCAGGGACAAUGGAGGAGAUGAAAGCAAGAUUUGUAUCUGCCGGCUUCCCCGAAUCUGGCACGGACAUUCGCUCUCUGUGGGAGCUCUGGUCGGACCCGACAUUUCUCAGCGCGGAAGAGAGGCGGGCACUCGAUCGUGUCGAACCUUUCGACGAAUGGGAAGAGUUUGCUCUCUUCGGCUCUCACUAUUUUCUCCUCGUUGCCGAGAAGGAGCCCAACAAGAACUACUCUCAAACGUCCGUACAUCGCGCAUCGAGAGCAUCGUUCUUCGCGGGCUCCUCACGAGCAUCUAUGGUAUCAAGCCCUUCAUCAGAUCGUCCUGAUGUCCCGCAAUACCACUUCACCGCAAGUGAUGUGGUCGACGCACACGAGAUUCUGGAGCCACACGACUAUCGACGCUUCACAGCAAUCAUUCCGCCAGCAUUUGCGGAGUCCUCGGAUGGCUCUGUCGGACUACACGGCGGUAUGGGUACCCAAGAAAGACUCUCCAGCUGUAAUACGUACUCCUCCUUCGAGGCAGGGCACGCUCUUGAGCCAAUCAUUGGACCUCCAAUCCGCAAUGGUAUCAUGUGUCAUGCGGUCACAAAACUCGGUAGUACUUCGAAUUGUGUUCUGACAGGCGGUCGGACAUCUCCAGACAAGGCGAGUGCAGAGUCCUGGCUAAGAUUGGAUGGGAAGUGGCGGAGGGUGCAGGACCUACCUACAGGCCGAUUCAGACAUUGUGCUGUUCCGCUGGUUCUACCGACGAAUCCAAGACCUGCUCAUACGGUCCUCAUGUUCGGCGGAAAGACGGGCGAUGGACAAGUUCUCGAUGAGUGGCUUAUCUGGACCGGUGAGACAGGCUGGCAGCAAGUCACCAUGAAAGGAGAGGAGAAGCCAGCUGCACGUUUCGGCGCCACGAUGAUCACGGAUAGCCGAGAGGGCACUUCAGGCGUACUCAUCGGUGGUAUGACUAGUGCUGGACGAGUGCUGAAUGAUUUCUGGCACUGGAAUCUGGAGCGUGAUAUGACUUUGACUUGUCGAAAUGUCACCACUCGUGCGACAGCAUUUCUAAAAGCUGACGCAUGCAUACUUGGUCGAUUUGGAGCACAACUGGUCCGUUCGCCUCAAGGCAUCCUCAUGAUAGGUGGCAUCACAGGAGCAAGGAUGCUCACACGGCAGGAUGAAAUCCUCAACAUGAAGACGCUUCGACCACAGCCAUUGGAGGGCUCAAGACCAUUGUUCGUCGGGCACUCCGUUCAAGACGUAGACGACAGUAUUCUCAUACUCGGCGGCGGAGCGACAUGCUUCUCAUUCGGCACAUCCUGGAGUCGCAGCUGUCUCCUCAACCGCACACCACCCGACUCAUUCCAAAUGAUCUGGCAACUCCAAACCACCCAAGAAGCCGGCAAGCCCACAGCAGAGCAAAGCAAGCCGUUCAACGAAACACCAAAAAACCCCAACCCAUCCACGCAAUCCCUCGCGCUCCCAAUCCCCACACCCAUCCCCGAACAAACCCUCACCUCCACCACCUCUUUCCCAACCAUCAUCUCCGCCUCCCGCCCCAUAAUCUUCAAAUCCUGCGACCUCGGCCGCUGUACCUCCCUCUGGACAACCCCCUACCUCAAAUCCGCCGUCGGCGCCACCCGCCCCGUCUCAAUCCACUCCCCCACCACGCCCUCAACCUCAACCCUCUCCUUCGCCUCCAAGAAUUUCACCUACACCACCCUCCCCUUCGGCGACUUCCUCGACGCCAUCGACGCAGGCCAACACCUCUACCUCCGCUCCCUCUCCUCCACCUCCCCAUCCACCCUCCCCACUCACCUCGCCACCGACUUCCCCGCUCUCGCUCCGGACUUCACUCUCCCCCCUCAACUCUCCCUCGCCAUGGACUCCGCCCACUCGAGCCCGCUGCGAAUCUCCGGCCCAGUCAACAUCUGGCUGCACUUCGACAUCCACGCGAACCUCCUCUGUCAAAUCCGCGGCACGAAACGUCUCCUGCUCUUCCCUCCCUCCGACGUCUCUCACCUCGGCUUCCCUCCCAGCGCAUCCUCUUCUCCCAUCGACGUCUUCGCUUCCGACCCACCUUCCACCCUCGCGCAAACAACUCCGUAUGAAGCGAUCCUCCAUCCCGGAGAUGUCCUAUUCGUACCACCCAUGUGGCCGCACACGGCACAACCACUGACGGACACGAGUGUGGCGGUGAAUGUUUUCUUCCGGAAUUUGAUGGAGAAGGGGUACGCGGCUGGGAAAGACGUUUACGGGAAUCGGGAUUUGGCGGCGUACGAAAAGGGGAGGAAAGAUCUCGCAAAAAUUAUCAGAGCGUUCGAUGGGCUUCCGGCGGAAGUCGCUGGGUUUUAUCUGGAACGGUUGGGAACGGAAUUGGUGGAGAAGGGCCAGGGAUUGAUGAGGAGUAGCGCUAUUGGCGGCGGCGGAGGUGCGGCGGUGGGCGGUGCUAGCAUUUCUGGCCCGCUGAGCGAUGGAGGGAAUGGUUCUGCUGGCCAGAACGGCGGAGGAGGAGGAGAGAAUCUACAUCGCACUUACGCUGAGCUGGGAUGA